GUUUUUUUUUUCGUAUUUUUUUUUUAUUUUUUAUUGUUUUUUUGAUUUAUCAAGAAAUGUCUUCAAAAUUUUGGGCAGAGUUAUCCAAUGAUUAUGAAAAACUUUUUGAAACGGAAUUAGGAUAUGAUGUAAUUAUUUAUGCUGGAGAAGAACCAAACGUUAAAGAGAUUCACGCUCAUUCAAAUAUUUUAUGUAUUAGAUCUCAAUAUUUUCGUACCGCAUUUUCUAGUGAAUGGGCCGAAAAGUAUGACGGGAAAUUUAUUUUCAAAAAACCAAAUAUUUCACCAAAAUUAUUUGACAUCAUUCUUAGAUUCAUUUAUUGUGGAAAUAUUGAAUUAAAAAAUUUACAAGGAUCAGAAGUCUUGAAAUUAUUAAUUGCAGUGGAUGAACUUAAUUUACAACAAUUACUUUCUUAUAUUCAAAGAUAUUUGAUUAAACAUCAAACUGAAUUUUUACAACAAAAUCCAACUGGUAUUCUUGAAAUCAUUUAUCAACAUGAAACUUUUACUGAUUUAUGGAAUUUUUGUCUUGAAAAAAUUUGUGAAGAACCUAAAAUUUUAUUUAAUUCAAAUAAAUUUAUUGAUUUAAAGGCUUCAUUAUUAGAAUUGUUGAUAAAACGAGAUGAUUUAAAUAUGGAUGAAAUUGAGAUUUGGGAAAGUUUAUUGAAAUGGUGUUUUGCUCAACAAAAUAUAAUAAAUGAUCCAACAAAAUGGAGUAAAGAGGAUAUUACAAAGAUUGAGAAGGAAUUACACAAAUUUAUUCCUUUAGUUCGAUUUUAUGAUAUUAAACCUAAAGAUUUCUUUUACAAGGUAUAUAAUUAUAAAGAAAUUUUACCAAAAAAUUUAAUUCAUGAUCUUUUAGAAUUUUACAUAGUUCCUGAUAUGAAACCUAAAAAUACCAUUCCACCUUCAAGAAAACCUAAACUUGAUUCAACAUUAAUUGAAUCAAAACAUAUAUCCGUUUUUGCAUCAUGGAUUGAUAAAAAAGAUUCUUUACAUUAUAACAAAAAAUGUAUUCCUUAUGAAUUCAAGUUAUUAUAUAAUUCAAAUAGAGAUGGAUUUGAUGUUAAAUCAUUUCAUAAAAAUUGUGAUAAUAAAGGAGCUACUAUUUGGAUAGCAAAAAUUCAAGAUUCAACAAAAUUAAUUGGAGGUUAUAACCCACUUGAUUGGGGUGGAAAUUGUGGUCGAAAAAACACUACAGAUAGUUUUUUAUUUAAUUUUAUCGAUGGAAAUAAUAUUUCUACAGCAAAAUUAGGUUAUGUUAAUAAUGCAAGUAUGGCCGUUUAUUGUGGUAAUAAUUAUGGACCAGAGUUAGGUAGUUUAAGCUGUCCUGAUUCUAAUAAUUGGACUUAUAAUUAUAGUAGAGAUUAUUAUCCUAAUAUAGAUAUACCAGCAAAUUUUAUAGUUGAGGAAUAUGAAGUAUUUCAAGUAAUUAAGAAAUAACAAAAUCAUAUAUAGUGAGUAUAUCCUUAUGAUUAACAAGUACCUUGUGAUGAAUAGAGAGGAUGACGAUUGCAAUUGUUGCAUUGUAUAGAUUCAUAACGUUAUUACUUCAUUAUUCCAGAUUUUAAUUAAAAUGUUAUGAAGAAAUGACUGAAAUUUAUUUUAACUCGCUGACAAAAUUUACAAAUUUUUUGAUGAUGCACCCGUUCUAACAUUCCGUUCCUCUUUGAACAAAUUUACUCUUAUUGAUGAAAUGAAAGUGUUUA